GAAACUUUCUAAAUCGUCGGAAUGCUGAAAUACUUAGUUGAGUUGGAUGUCUCAUUGACAAGCAUUGUGGAGUUGCCAAAUAGCAUUGUCAAUCUAAAGAGUUUGAAAGUGUUGAAGAUUGGCGGUAGUUGCAUGCAAAAGUUACCGAUACCAUUGGGAUGAUGGAAAAACUUGAGGAAAUUUAUGGAGAGGAUUGCCGGAUGGUAGAAGUGAUUCCUAUUAACAUUAUGAGACUACCAUUCUUGCGGAUUUUGAAAUUAUCAGGAACUUGUGAUAUGAAUGUACCAAAUCUUCCACAGAGUUCGGUAAGUAUAUCUAUCCUCACGUGUUUUGGAAAAAGAUUUGGAGAUCUUCAAUUUAUCGAGUGUAAACAAUGUGAAAUUAUGUUUUCACAUAACAUUCUAGAUGUUCUCAUUUAUACGAGUAGUGUUGAUUAUUUUCUGUCUUUUAUUAUUCAAUGUGUGUGUAAUUUAUGUAUAGUUUGAUUUUGUGUUAUUUGUUGUUGGGGAUAACUUUGAAAUAAGUGUGAAGAAGAGUGGUUUUGGCUUGCGUUAGGAAUGGAUAUUUGGAUUAUUUAUUCGGUUAUUUUGGUUGAAUGGUUGCUUGGUCGAUAUAUUUACUUAUCUCUUGCAACACUAACAUAAAUUAAACUUGUUUGAUAUACAUAAUCAUUUGACAGGUGGCUAAAGAAUCGAAGGUGAUUGAUCUGUCGUAUUGCAAAAUGUUGAAAGAAUUUCCUGAGCUCUCUACAUUUUUAUCCUUUGAUAAAUUAAUUCUAAAGGGGUGUGAAAUGCUUACGAAACUUUCAGAGUCGAUCGGAAUGCUGAAAUACUUAGUUGAGUUGGAUGUCUCAUUCACAAGUAUUGUGGAGUUGCCAAAUAGCAUUGUCAAUCUAAAGAGUUUGAAAGUGUUGAAGAUUGGCGGCAGUUGCAUGCAAAAGUUACGAUGCCAUUGGGAUGAUGGAAACACUUGAGGAAAUUUAUGGAGAAGGUUGCUGGAUGCUAAAAGUGAUUCCUAGUGAUAUUAUGAGACUACCAUUCUUGCGGAUUUUAAAAUUAACAGGAACUUGUGAUCUGAAUUUUCAAAUGCUUCCACAGACUUCGGUGGCUACGGGAUCGAAGGUCAUUGAUCUGUCGUACUGCAAAAUGUUGAAAGAAUUGCCUGAGCUCUCUACAUUUUUAUCAUUCGAUAAAUUAAUUCUAAAGGGGUGUGAAAUGCUUACGAAACUUUCAGAGUCGGUCGGAAUGUUCAAAUACUUAGUUGAGUUGGAUGUCUCAUUCACAAGCAUUGUAGAGUUGCCAAAUAGCAUUGUCAAUCUAAAGAGUUUGAAAGUGUUGAAGAUUGGCGGCAGUUGCAUGCAAAAGUUACCUGAUGCCAUUGUGAUGAUGGGGAAACUUGAGGAAAUUUAUGGCGAGGAUUGCCAAAUGCUAGAAGUGAUUUCUAGUGAUAUUAUGAGACUACCAUUCUUGCGGAUUUUGAAAUUAACAGGAACUUGUGAUAUGAAUAUACCAAAGCUUCCACAUAGUUGGGUAAGUAUAUCUAUCCUCACAUGUUUUAGAAAAAGAUUUGGAGAUCUUCAAUUUAUCAAGUCUAAAAAUGUGAAAUUAUGUUUUUAA